UAAAACUAAGCGACUUCAACUUUUGUUGUCCAACAAAUAUUUGAGUUUGUACCGUCGUGUAGCGUAAAACCCUGCGAUGGUUUUCGGUCAUCCACUGAGGAGCUUUGCAUUGAAAACUCAGAGUGGCAUAAACUAGCCGUCUUUUCUAUGAGAUAAUUUGGAAUAUAUCAUAUGUAAAAAUAAGAAAUUUUAUGAGCACGAUUCUUUUUGUAUUUUUUUUAUAUUAUUAAUCAUUACACAUGACUACUACUACACGUGUCUUUUUUGACAGGUAUUUAGCCAGGCUAGCUAGCUAAUGCUAAGGCACAUGACGUUUAGAGCUGUUCAACCAAAAAAUUACUAUGGGGUUCAUUUCCUGCAAUAUGUUUAUUGUACGGUGAUAUGUCUGGUUAACUGAUGUUUGGUGGGAAAAAGACGGAUGGCGCUGAACUAACUGUACGACGAUACAACGUACACUACAUUGAGGGAUGUGACAGUGCCUCAGAGGGAGAAAGUGAGUUGGGUUUUAGUUCAUUACAACGGACACCCAGCUCACAAAGGGUUCCCCUCGCCAUUCCAGGCAACUCUCCUCCCCUAGUUCUGGCCUUUUCCGCAUGCCGAUAUAAACAAGUCAGGUGCCCCAGUCCAUCCUCCAGGGAUGGCCGAAACUCAGACCAAGAGGAUCAGGACGUGGACUGUGACGAGCCCAUAGAGGAGUGGAUGAUCCUGGAAGAAGAGGAGCAGGAUGGAGACAGGAAAAUUCAGCUCAACCUGGGCUACUGGAGCAGUGGAAGUUCAGAGUCAGAUUCUGGAGAUGAGGAGGAACAGAAGUCAAAAAUUGCCUUUAAUCCCGACUGGGCCAUAUCAGCAAAAGACAAGGGAGUAUACAACCAAUCACGACCCAGCCGCUAUUACACCCCCGACCGGAGUCUGACCUGUCACAACUGCAACAAGACAGGACAUCUGGUCAGGAACUGCCCCAUCCCCAGGAAGCGACCCACCUGUGUGCUGUGUGGGCUUCAGGGCCACUUCCAGAGGGCCUGUCCUGGCCGGCACUGUCCCAGCUGCGGACUCCCCUCCCAUGGGUACCAGGCCUGCCCAAAGCCCCCUGUCUGGUACCAGCACUGCCACCGCUGUGGGAUGACUGGCCACCUCUCUGAUGGCUGCCCAGACACAUGGAGACAGUACCACCUCACAACUCAAGACCGAGUACCCCACAGGCCACACAGAGACCACGCCCCCAAUUACAGGAAUCGUUCCGCCCACUGCUACAACUGCUCCAGGAGAGGACACUAUGGGCAUGAGUGUACCGUGAGAAGGAUGAUCAGUGGGACGUUUCCCUCCCUCCCAUAUGUCUGUCGCUAUGAUGACUUGCGAGACAACCUCAUAGACGAUGCUGGGAUACAGAAGAAAUGCAGGGACUCGACACAGAUUGGCGACACCUCGCUUCCAGAGCACAAGAGGGCUUCUGAGCUUACAGAGGCCAGCGGUGAGGAGGAGCCCCCAGCUCCCAAGAAGAGGGGCCUGGAGGCUCGGAGGGAGGGGGGUAGGAGGAAGACAUGGCCAGAAAGACGCAGGGAGAGGCGGAAGGUAAAGAUGCUGAGGAGAGAAGCCCAGGCCAGGCGUGAAGGGGGGCUAGGGACCACCACAUGGGAUGGCUUUGACAAAGAGAGCCAUGCCAAAGACAUGCACAGGAACCGCUAUAGGGACUCCUCACCUCCACUGCAGAAGAGGAGGAACAGUCAAGAGAGGGGGAGAAGGAGCCAGAGCAGGGAGAAGAGUAGGAAGAGCAGAGAGGCAGAGAGGUGGAAAAAGAAAGGAGGGAUGAAACGUGGGGAUCUGUAUUUGCGAGAUGACCUUGGACCCAUGGACGAGACCCUUCUCUCCAUCAAACACAGGGUACGGAACCGCAGGAGUUAGGAUGGGUGUGUGACUCCUGAAUACAUGACCAACCUCAGAAUGAACUUGCUGCCUCAGGCCUGUCUUAUGACUGGAAAGGAAGUAGAAGUAGUAAUCAUGCAAGGCACUUGAUAAUGCUCCCAGCCAGACAACAUUUAUUUAUUUACAUCUGUUAAAUCCUGGUCUUUUGUUUUAAGGACUAAAGAAUAUUUGGUUUUUAUGGACAUGGAAAAAUAUGAUGCAAUGCAGAGCAGAGUAACUUCCGUUGUGGUCCUAUUUUUUAUUCCAAGUUGGCAGGCCAAAAUGUUUCGGUAACGUUUUUCCAUCUGCGCCAGAAAAUUGCAUUGUGUCACACAUUUUGAUUAAGAUGCUGUAUUUUCAUGUAUAUUUCCAAACUGCCUUGCAUGCCUGGAACAAAUCAUUUUGCUACAGAUUACAGGAAACUACAUUCUUGUUAAGAGAAAUCUUUCAAUUUGA